GGCGGGCGAGUCUCCAGUUUUGUGCUUUUUGCCCUGGAGGCGUUCGGAGUCCCCGCCUUCACAUCCAGAUUUCGGGCGUCGCCUGGGAAGAAUAUAACCUUACGUGAGAAGAAGACCAGAAAAAGAGGGGGGAAAAAGGAGGAAUGGCUCUUUUCCAGGGACGGUUGACAUUCAGGGAUGUGGCCAUAGAAUUCUCUCAGGAGGAGUGGGAGUGCCUGGACCCCGCUCAGAAGGCCUUGUACAGGGACGUGAUGCUGGAGACCUACAAGAACCUGGUCUCCCUGGGUGAGGAAAACGUCUCUCCAGAAGUUGGGAGUCUUGCUGGAUUUGCAAUCAAGGAAUUAUCACCGAUAGAAGACAUUAAUAAAGGAGAAUUUUACCCCUUAGUGAUAUUGGAGAGAAAUGAAAGUCAUGGCAUCAAGGAUUUUGAUCUCAAAGAAGUCUGGGAAAAUAUGCACAAGUUUGCGAGUCAAUGGGGAUAUGAUGCAAGAAAUUAUGAAGAAGUGCCUUGGACCCAUAACAAAGAUCUCAUUUGUAGAGGAGAUCAUAAACCUAAUCAUUCCCCAGUUAAUCUUCCUCAAAAGCAGUGUGUUUCUGUAAGAAAUAAUACAUACCUGUUUUUCAAGGAUGAUGAUCCAUUUAUAAGGAAUUUGUUAAAACUGGACAAUAACAGAAGCAGUGCUGGAAACCAAUACAUAAACUGCUUAGAAAAUACAAUUGGAUUAAGUUUGCAGUCACACCUGGCAGAACAGCAGAGAUUUCACAGUGAGGAGAACAUGUAUGAAUGUAAUCCAAUUGAGAAGUCUGUCAGCAAUGGUUCCUCAGUUUCACCACUUCAAGGAAUUCCUCCCAGGACCCAAAACAUUUGGAAUAAAUAUAGAAAGAUUUUUAAAUAUCAUUUGUUACCUGCACAAGACAGGAAAGCAUAUGCUAGAGUAAAAUCUUACAAAUGUAAUUACUGUGGGAAAGCUUUUAGCAAAAGCUCAAACCUCACAAGUCAUGAAAGAAUUCAUUCUGGACAGAGACCUUACAAAUGUAAUGACUGUGGCAAAGCCUUUACAGAGCACUCACAUCUUACUCAGCAUAAGAAAAUCCAUACUGGAGAGAAACCUUACAAAUGUAAUGAGUGUGGUAAGGCUUUUAUCCAGCGUUCACACCUUUGGAGUCAUGAGAGAACUCAUACUGGAGAGAAACCGUACAAAUGUAAUGAAUGUGGCAGACCCUUUGCUGAGCGUUCAAGCCUUAAUCAACAUAAAAAAAUCCAUAGCGGAGAGAAACCUUACAAAUGUAAUGAGUGUAGUAGGGCAUUUAUCCAGCGUUCACACCUUUGGAGUCAUGAGAGAACUCAUACUGGAGAGAAACCGUACCAAUGUAGUGAAUGCAGCAAAGCCUUUGCUGAGCGUUCAAGCCUUACUCAACAUAAAAAAAUCCAUAGUGGAGAGAAACCUUACAAAUGUAAUGAGUGUGGCAAAGCUUUUAAGCAGUGCUCACACCUCAUUAGACAUCAGAAUAUACAUCCUGGAGAGAAGCCACACAAAUGUGAUGUGUGUGGCAAGGCUUUUAUCCAAAGCUCUAGCCUUGUAGAACAUCAGAAGACCCAUACAGGAGAAAAACCGUAUAAAUGUAGUAAGUGUGGUAAAGCUUUUACCAGACGUUCACACCUCUGGGGUCAUGAGAGAACUCAUACUGGAGAGAAACCGUACAAAUGUAUUGAUUGUGGCAAAGCCUUUGCUGAGCGCUCAAAUCUUACUCAACACAGAAAAAUCCAUACUGGAGAGAAGCCUUACAAAUGUAAUGAGUGUGGCAAAGCGUUUACCCAAUUUGCAAACCUUACUAGGCAUCAGAAAAUACACACUGGAGAGAAACCACACAAAUGUAAUGUGUGUGACAAGGCUUUUAUCCAAAGUUCAAGCCUUUUGGAACAUCAGAGAAUUCAUACAGGAGAAAAGCCUUAUAAAUGUAAUAAGUGUGAUAAGGCUUUUAUCAAACGUUCACACCUUUGGGGUCAUGAGAGAACUCAUACUGGAGAGAAACCGUACAAAUGCAUUGAGUGUGGCAAAGCCUUUACGGAACGUUCACAUCUUACUCAACAUAAGAAAAUUCAUACUGGAGAGAAACCUUUUAAGUGUAAUGAGUGUGACAAAGCUUUUACCCAAUUUGCAAAACUUAUUAGGCAUCAGAAAAUACAUAGUAGAAAGAAAGAGUAUAAACGUAAUAUGUGUGGCAGUGCUUUUAUUCAAAGCUCAAGCUUUGGGGAUCAUCAAAGAACUCAUAGGAGAAAGAAAACUUGCAAAUAAAGUGAGCAAGUUUCAACACUUAACAUCAGAGAUUCCAUCAUGGAGACGAACCAUGUGAAACUAAUAUAUGUGGCAAAGCUUGUAACCAGGGUUAACACCUCCCUGAUAACAGAAUACAAAUCUCUGAAAGAAAGCACACACAAGGAAUGUAUAGCAAGGCUUAUCCAAAGCUUAUUAUACCUUGUGGAACAUAAUUUUUACUAGAGAGAAACCCUACAAAUGUAAAGAGUGUGAUCAGGUUCCUAAAAUGUGUACAAAUUUGGGGAGGGGGGUAAUAUAGGUAAGUGGGAUUAAGAUGUACAGACUUCUAGUGAUAAAAAAAAAUACAAAAAAUGUACAACUUUGUGCUUUGUGGUCUUGAAAGCAUUCACAUAACAUGGAAGUCAUGCAAAUGUGUCAAGGUCUUUACCUCAAGAAACACCAAAGAAUUCAUACCGGACAGAAACAUUACACGUGUAAUGAAGGUGAUAAUUUGUUUAGCCAAUUUUCUCACUGGACUACAAUUAAAAAAUUCACACUAGGGGAAAUUGUGUAUUGUGAGGAUUAACCAAUUUUAGGUGUUAAAUUCCACAGAAAAUUAAAAAUUAUUUAAGAGAGACAAGAUGUUGUGUGUCAAUGGAACAAGUAUGUUGUGGAAAGACCUAAUCAUCUGCUGUUUAAAUAUUUUAUAGAGGGGACCCCGGGUGGCUCAGUCGGUUAAGCGUCUGACUUUG